UCUGUUUGGAUCUUGGUCCAUGAUGGCCUUUUUAUUGAUUUUGACGAUUGGAUUUCUCUAUGAAUGGAAAAGGGGUGCUUCGGAUCGGGAGUAAUCACUAGUGAGAGGGCAAAAAGAGGGGGGAAGGACAAAGGAAAGAGCGAUGCCUACAUUAAAUCAAUUGAUUCGUCAUGGUAGAGAAGAAAAACGGCGCACGGACCGUACUCGAGCUUCGGAUCAAUGUCCCCAGAAGCAAGGAGUACGCCCGCAUGUUUCAACGAGAACACCAAAAAAACCUAAUUCAGCUCCAUGUAAGAUAGCCAAAGUACGGUUGAGGAAUCGACAUGAUAUAUUUGCUCACAUUCCGGGCGAAGGUCAUAAUUUGCAGGAACAUUCUAUGGUGUUAAUAAGAGGAGGUAUAGUGAAAGAUUCGCCAGGUGUGAAAUCCCAUUGUAUUCGAGGAGUCAAGGAUUUGCUGGGAAUUCCGGAUCGAAGAAGAGGCAGAUCUAAAUAUGGUGCAGAAAAACCAAAAUCGAUAUGAAUGGAAGAUGCCUCUUUCACUUGUUUUUCUCGGUCAGUCGAGGGAACAACCACAAUGUUACGCCCCAAAAUCGAACUAUACGGA